AUGAAAAGUGCUGCUUAUUCAUUUCAUUGCUAUGCGGCUAGAGCUCUUGUUAUGGUCUUGGGGUGUUUCAUCAGUAGCUGCCUUUCUUCUAAUCAGAUUGGUUUGGGCUCGAGGUUAUUGGCUAGUAAGGGACAAACAUGGGUUUCUGAUAAUAAUACAUUUGCUUUUGGGUUCACAAAAUCAGAGAAUGAUAAUCGAUUAUUUCAGCUGGGCAUUUGGUUUAAUGAGCUUCCAGGAGAUCCAACACUGGUUUGGUCACCUAACAGAGACUCUCCUGUAUCCAAAGAUGCAAUGCUGGAGCUGGACACAACCGGCAACCUUGUCCUCAUGGACGGAGACACCACCGUUUGGGCUUCAAACACCUCAGGUGCUGGUGUAGAAGCAGCAACCAUGGAAGAAUCUGGUAACUUCAUUCUCCAUGACAGUAGAAAAAACCUUAUGUGGCAGAGUUUUUUGCAACCAUCUGACACACUCCUCCCAAACCAGCCCUUAACAGUUUCUUCAGAGUUAACCUCAUCAAAGUCUUCCUCUCAUGAAGGCUACUAUGCUCUCAAAAUGCUUCAACAGCCUAUUUCUUUAAGCCUUGCCUUGACUUACAAUCUACCUGAAACUUCCAAGGCUUCGGAGGAAUCAUACACCAACUAUUCCUAUUGGCAGGGUCCUGAUAUCUCGAAUGUGACCGGAAAAGUUAUAGCAGUUUUAGACCAAGCCGGAAGCUUUAGAAUUGUUUACGGAGAUGCCUCUGAUGGAGCAGUUUAUGUUUAUAAGAAUGACAACGACGAUGCAGGUAUGUCUGCUGCAGUUCACCAAUCUACACAAUUGACCGUUCUUCGAAGAUUAACCCUGGAAAAGAAUGGCAACUUGCGUUUGUAUCGAUGGGACGAUGAUGUAAAUGGGUCGAGACAAUGGGUGCCAGAAUGGGCUGCAGUUUCAAAUCCAUGUGAUAUUGCUGGAAUUUGUGGCAAUGGAGUUUGUCAUUUGGACAGAACCAAGACAAAUGCCUCUUGCACUUGCUUGCCAGGAACUUCUAACGUUGGCAAGGAAGGCCAGUGCUAUGAGAAUUCAUCUCUUGUUGGAAAAUGCAAUUCAAGGCGCAAAAGCCAGACAUCGCAGUUUAGGAUUUCAACAGUGCAGCAAACAAAUUAUUACUAUUCUGAAUUUUCAGUGAUAGCUAACUACAGUGAUUUUGCUUCAGUAUCAAAAUGUGGGGAUGCUUGCUUAUCAGACUGCGACUGCGUUGCAUCUGUUUAUGGGCUAGAUGAGGAGAGACCAUACUGCUGGGUGUUAAGGAGCUUGAAUUUUGGUGGUUUUGAGGAUACUAGCUCAACAUUGUUUGUGAAGGUCAGUGCAAACAGCUCAAUGACACCAUAUCGCAACGCUGGAGGGUCUAAUAGCUCUUCGGAUGGGAUGGGGAGUGCGAAAGAGAAGGCUGUGAUUAUUCCAACUGUUUUGAUCAUGUUGGUUCUCAUUGUGCUGCUAUGCUUAUUGCUGUAUUACAGUGUUCACAGAAAAAGAAUGUUGAAAAGAGAAAUGGAAAGUUCCAUGAUCUUAUCAGGUGCUCCCAUGAAUUUCAGUUAUCGCGAUAUGCAAAUCAGGACUAGCAACUUUUCGCAGCUGCUAGGAACAGGUGGAUUUGGGAGUGUGUACAAAGGAAGCUUGGGAGAUGGGACACUAAUUGCAGUUAAGAAACUUGACAGAGUUCUGCCACAUGGAGAGAGAGAAUUUAUUACUGAAGUGAACACCAUUGGCUCAAUGCAUCAUAUGAAUUUAGUUCGCCUAUGCGGCUACUGCUCCGAGGGAUUGCAUCGGCUGCUAGUUUAUGAGUUCAUGAAGAAUGGUUCCUUGGAUAAGUGGAUCUUCCCUUCAUAUGAAGCAAGAGAUAGAGUACUAGAUUGGCCAACACGGUUUUAUAUAGCUGUAGCUACUGCACAAGGGAUAGCUUACUUUCAUGAGCAGUGCAGGAACCGGAUAAUACAUUGUGACAUCAAACCUGAAAACAUAUUGUUGGAUGAAAACUUUUGUCCUAAAGUGUCUGAUUUUGGAUUAGCCAAAUUGAUGGGAAGGGAGCACUCUCAUGUGGUGACAAUGGUAAGAGGGACAAGAGGUUAUUUGGCACCAGAAUGGGUUAGUAAUCGCCCUAUAACCGUAAAAGCCGAUGUUUACAGCUAUGGGAUGCUUCUCUUAGAGAUAAUUGGUGGCAGGAGAAAUCUUGAUAUGUCCUUUGAUGCAGAGGAUUUCUUCUAUCCUGGUUGGGCUUACAAGGAGAUGACUAAUGGAUCUACAAUCAAAGUGGCAGAUAGAAGACUAAAUGGGGUGGUUGACGAAGAAGAGCUAAUGAGAACUCUGAAAGUUGCAUUUUGGUGCAUCCAAGAUGAGGUUUUCUUGAGACCAACAAUGGGGGAAGUGGUGAGGAUGCUAGAAGGAUCAACCAACAUUAACAUGCCUCCAAUGCCUCAGACAGUUCUAGAGUUAAUUGAGGAAGGCUUAGAACAUGUAUAUAAAGCAAUGAAAAGAGAGUAUAACCCUUCCAGCUCAUCAACCAUUACAAGCCAUCUGACAUCUCAAGCCACAUGUAGCAAAUCCACAAUGUCACCAAGAUAAUGUUUCAACUUAAAGAAGAAAAGAAACAAUUGUGCUCUCACCAAUACAAAUAUAU